UUUAGACAAAUGUAGUGUUUGUAAAGUUUAUAAAACCAAUGAUGGGACAAAAAUUACUAGUUAUGUGUGCACAUUUUUGUAAUUAGUCAAGGUUAUCAUAGAUUAGCCGGGCUAACAGUUAGCUGUUUAACUUUAAUGACUUAGUGAUUCAAACGGUCCAUGAAAAAAUAUUUUUCCAGCGGAUAUCUUAGUUACAACGUUGUACGUUGUACUAACGUUGUACUAACGUUGUUAGUUACCCUGUGAUGCCCACUUCUAGGUGUGUCAGGUGGGGCCCAGCAGAUUUGCCAGAGGGGGAGACCGAGGCAACGUUGGAGAAUAUGAAGAGGGAUAUGCUGAACAUCUACUCAGAGGAAGGAAUGAAUGGGGCAGAGAGAGCAGAACCAAUGAUGGAAAAGACGUACAUCAUCCUGCGGAAAUACCUUAACAAAGAGCCUGCUGCAGCAAUGUCUGAGAUCAAACAGGAGUGGCCAUUUCUCUUCUCUCAGAAAUGCCUAUUCUCACACUUUGGCCUCCUGACGGACGUCGAUGUCCUUCAGAAGCUACAGGAGCAAAUUAGUCGACGAGGACAGACCAUCUUGGAUUACUGUGCAACACUGGACAACCCCAAGAUCCAUGAUGUCCUGGCCUGCUAUGAUCCAGACUCUGACAAGGCUGCCUGCAUCCUGCUGCUCCUAAUGUUGUACUUCAAAGAACCGAAAGAGAGUUUGAUGCUUGAAGUUGAUCCAUGUGCCACUUCUGUGGACGUCAAUACUUCAGACCUCCCCAGCACUCCCUGCUUGAUCAUUCAAGGUGACACGAUGAAGCCCUCUGGAUGGCUUAUAUCCAUCGAGGGACAUGUCGUGAUGGGCCCACACCCUUUCUUUUUGCACGGAGUAGCUGCUUUCUUCAGCAGCUAUUACGUCUUCAACCUUGAGUAUCCUGCCACUGGAUCAUCGACGCUGGAGUUCAUUCAAAGGUGCUUCCUGGCCAUCAAUCCUGAAAGAGGCUCAAAGACCAAGAAGCGGACAACAAUGAACCCUCAUGUGAGCACCCUUUGGAGGAAACUUGUUGACUUUGAGUGGGCAUCAUAGUAUUUUUUGCAGCAGUAGUUGUCAGGCUCAGUUUUGAGUAGCCUCGUUCUUUAUGUAAUUUUUUUUAAAGACAACUUUGCACUACAAGAUUUUUACACAAUGCUCUUGCGUGUGGACUCAUUAUAAUGUUUGAGACUGAGAAGAGCGCCUGACUCCUUUACGACAUCCCUUCAUCGCUCUCCCUUCCUCUCUUAUCUUGCCAUGAAGGCCUCAUGCCCAUCC